GGAGUAGUUCAUAGACUCAUAGUCUUCAUUCUUGAGAAACCAUGGAUCACCAUGGAUCCCAAAUCCCCGGCCUCUUGGUCUAUUCGUUCCCAAUUCCUCCCCUGAACCUCUAGAUCUGGAUCCAGGAAGAGUGUAACAACGUCUUUGCGGCGGAAGACACAGCGCCCCGUGCGCGAUCUCGAAAGGAGAUCGAUCGGCGAUGGAAUCGGAGCCGGCCGCGCUGCCCGAAGACGCGCUCGCCGAGGUCCUCCGGCGUCUCCCGCCGCACGUCCUGGCCGAGGCCCGGCGGGUGUGCAAGGCGUGGCGCGACGCCGUCGACGGCCGCCUGCGCGGCAACCUGCUUCCGCGCUCGGUGCGCGGCAUCUUCAUCAACUUCAGUCAGAUUUUCUUCUCGGAGUUCUUCGCCCGCCCCUCGACGGGCCCGGCGAUCGACGGAGGGCUCGAUUUCCUGCCCUGCAUGGGCGUCAAGGUCACGGACCACUGCCACGGCCUUCUGCUUUGCUGCGAGUCGGGUGACGAUGCACUGCCGCGCGAGUACGUCGUCAACCCGGCCACGCGUCGGUGGGCGCGUCUGCCCAAACGCCCCCGGCCGCACAUGCCAGGAUUCGAGCAGACCGCCUACCUCGCAUUUGACCCUGUUGUCUCGCUGCACUACCAGGUCUUUCUGAUCCCACGCGCCCCACUGCCCUGUGACGGCGAAACCGACGGCGACAACCCGUUGCUCGAAUCGGAGUGGCCCCCUGCAUCAUACUUCAUCCAUGUGUUCUCGUCGGUGACUCAGCGAUGGGAGAAGACAACCUUCCUUCGGGAAGGGGAAGCUGCAGGGAUCGUCGCCAACAUGCAGUGGAAUUUGUGGUAUGAUCACUAUUGUUAUCAGUAUAGUUAUCAUGCCGUCUACCAGCACCAGCAAAGCGCGCUCUACAUCCAUUGCCGGCAUGGCUAUCUUACCAGAAUGUCCUUGUCAAAUCACACAUACAGAGUAAUUAAACUACCAGGUGCCAGUGAAUUGAUGCGAUAUCCCAAUCACCACCAUCUCGGGAGAUCGUUGAGAGGGGUGUAUUAUGCAAUACUUGAUGACCGGAAUCGACUUCAGGUUUGGUAUCUCAGUGAAUCAUGCGGUCGAAUAGAAUGGCUAUUAAAACAUGAUACCUGUCUUAAGACCUUUGAACAUGAUGACUAUGCUCAACAAGUGGGCAGACAAUGGAUCUUACAAGAUGUUAACUACCGUAAGUGGUGCUCUGAAGAUCCCGAGAAUCACAAAGUGACUGCGGAAGAGAAAUAUGAUUGGAACUCUGAUGAGGAUAACGUUAUUGACACUCAAAAUGUCAUUGAAGAGGUUGAAGACGUCGAUGGAGAUUAUUUCCUCCUUGGAUUUCAUCCUUACAAAGAGGUUGUCUUCUUGAUUUCAUCUGCAAUAACAACCAGAGGAUUGGCCUAUGACUGGAACAUCUCAAAAUUUCAAGACUUGGGCAGUUCAAGGCCAUGGAUGGGAGCAGUUUAUGAUGAACCACCAUAUGGAAAGACGGACACAUCUUUUCCGUACAUGCCUUGCUGGAUGGGCGAGUUUCCUGGAAACGAAUUAGAAUCUCUAUUUGAAGACGAGAAGCUAUAUAGGGAAAAGUUGGAACAAGAAGCUCAACUUAAGGAGGAAUCCAACUGUACCUACAUGGGCGAGUACGAGCUGCGCAAGCACUGUGGGCGCGCCAAGAGGGUCAAGGACUCUGCCGCCAAGGUUCGUCGCAGACGCCACAUCAUGGCUCGGUAGGAACCCACGGUCACCAUCAUGAAGUGCAAGGCGAUUCUCACCGGGGCAACAAAGUUCAACCUUGGCAAGGCUACCAUAGAGCUAGUCACUGCCAUCGUUGGAUCCUACCUACUUGAUUAGUUUCCUGGAAACAAAGAUGAGUAGGUAGUCGCCAGGUUCAUUUAUCAUGCCUUACUUAUCUAUUUGUGCUCAGUGUCGGAACCUUGUCUUGGUACUCUGCACAAUUUCGGUUUGCCUUGUAGACUAUGUGACUUUGUUAUUCCCGUCUAUGUGACUUUAUCAU